AUGGCUUCCUUGUUCAGUCCAAUGAGCAUCGGCCACUGCCACUUGAGCCACCGUCUGGUGAUGGCGCCGCUGACACGGCUCCGUGCAGCUGAAGACAAUGUGCCGCUGCCCAUGGUCGCGGAAUACUACAGUCAGCGCGCCGGUGUCCCGGGGACCCUGCUCAUCGCGGAAGCCACUGCUAUUUCCCUCGCCGCCGCAGGGAGAGACGUCAAUGCUCCUGGCAUCUGGACCGAAGAGCAGAUCGAAGGCUGGAAGCAGGUCACCAGCGCCGUGCAUUCCAAGCAGUCGUUUGUGUUUCUGCAACUGUGGCACGUGGGCCGGGCGGCGCGACAAACAGCACUACAAGCGAAGGGCAUUCCGAUGGUCAGCAGUAGCGAUAUCCCGAUCGAGGAGGGAGGCGUGGCCCCGCGGCCCAUGACCGAGGAGGAAAUCGAGCAGUGCAUCAAGGACUUUGGGACGGCGGCACGGAAUGCCGUCGGAGCAGCCGGGUUCGACGGCGUCGAGAUCCACGCCGCCAAUGGAUAUCUGAUCGACCAGUUCCUGCAGGAUACGUGCAACAGGCGCACUGACAGCUGGGGAGGCAGUGUUGAGAACAGAUCGCGGUUCUGCCUGCGUGUCGUCGAAGAAGUCGUCAGACAGAUUGGCCCGGCCAGGACGGGGAUCCGUCUCUCUCCGUUCAGUCCCUUCGCGGGGAUGGGCAUGGCGGAUCCGAUCCCACAGUUCACCAACCUCAUUCGAGGCUUGAAGCCGUUCCAGCUGGCAUACCUACACCUCGUUGAGCCGCGGGUCGCUGGAAACCAGGACGUGCACCCCAGAACGACGCAGAACCUGGGAUUUGCGGUGCAAGAAUGGGACAAGUCCAGGCCCCUGCUACUGGCGGGAGGCUACGACGGCGAACGAGCGAAACGAGCUGUCGAACACGAUUAUAAAGAUCGGCAGGUGGCAAUUGUCUUUGGCAGACAUUGGAUCUCGAAUCCCGACUUGCCUUAUCGGCUGAAGCACGGUCUCGAGCUAUCACCCUAUGACAGAGGAACUUUUUAUGCUGUGAAGCAGGCGCAUGGCUACACAGACUAUCCGUUCUAUGAGGACUUUCCGGAUGCGCGGCAGAAAGUCAUUUCCGCUUCGUGAUUACAUGGUUGCAAGAUGCAACCAAGAAGGAGAUUGAUGUGAAACUUCCAAUGGAGGUGGU